UCAAGAGUAGGUCUGAGUCCGGAGCAGGAAGUGCGUACCGUUCAAUCGUCAAACCAAAAGCUAGCCGCGAAAGUGCCAAAUAUGAAGUGCCUGAUUGUGUUUGCAUUGGUGGCCAUCAGCUGCGCUGUUGCCCAGUUCAACGAUGGUCGCUACUAUCCAGAGCAGUUCGCCGGAAAGUAUGACGAUGGAAAGUACCGUCCAGACAACAGCGGAUCCUACCAGGGAGGUGACAACGGCCAAUACACUGCCCAACGUGGAUCCGGCAAUCGUGGAAACAAAUUCGGAAACUCAGGAUUUGGUGGUCUCCAGAACAUCGUGUUGAACGCUCCACCAACCCCAGUUGCUCCAGUGGCUCCAAUUGCUCCAGCUGCCCCAGUUUUCAUUGCCCCCAACAGAAACAUCGGCCUCUCCAACAGUGGAUCCAAUGGCAACCAGAUCGGUAUCAAGGAACUGGUCAAUGAGGUUAACGAAGAUGGAUACAAAUACCGUUACCUGACCGAAAACGACAUCGAUGCUGCUGAAGCUGGACAGAUCGAGAACCGUGGUACCGACAAUGAAGUGCUCCGUGCCAAGGGUUACUACGAAUUCACCGCCGAUGAUGGUGUCCGCUACCGCGUGGACUACAUCGCCGAUGAGAAUGGAUUCCAGGCUUCCGGUGCUCAUCUGCCAACUCCACCACCAAUCCCAGAAGAAAUUCUGCGCUCCCUGCAGCUGCAAGGACAGUAA